GGUUUGUCAGGAUCUAUAUUCGAGUCAGAAUUCGUUUCUGGAUAUUUAUAGCGGCAUCACGGUCUUGAAGAAGUCAUAGUACCAAGAGCCUCAGCAUUCACCACUCCACUCAUCGCCAUGUCUGCAGACGACAGCAAGGAAACGAUCCGGGUUGCAAUCUUAGACGACUAUGCGGGGAUUGCCAACGAACAUUUCGAGAAAGUCAUCAUUCAAUACCCUCAUGUUCAGGUGUCCAACUAUGCGACAACACUGAAUACACGGACGGAGGAGGGUCAUGCGGCGUUGGUCGCACGACUUGAACCGUACACGGUGGUGGCGUCGAUGCGGGAACGCACACGGUUCCCACGUAGCGUGCUCGCGGCACUGCCUAAGCUGCGGGUGUUGCUGACGACGGGGAUGCGCAAUGCGGCGAUCGACCUAGCGGCAGCCAAGGAGUUGUCGAUCACCGUGGUGGGCACAGGACAUAAGCCCAACAUGGUCAAGGGCUACGAUGCGACCAACGAGCAGACUUGGGCGUUGAUUCUGGGUCUGGUGAAGAAUAUCGUGGCGAGCGAUGCAAGUAUCAAGUCGACGCCAGACGGCUGGCAGCCUGGCCUGAUAUCUAGUCUUGGGGGCAAGACUCUGGGUCUUCUAGGCCUCGGUCGUCUGGGUGCCCAGGCCGCCGUCACCGGGAAACUGGGCUUCGGCAUGAAUAUCCUUGCAUGGAGCUCGAGUCUGACUCAGGAGCGAGCCGAUGAACUAGCUCAAGCCAAUGGUCUGUCACCCGGUUCUUUUGUCGUGGCAAAGUCCAAGGAAGAGCUCUUUCGGUCUGCGGACGUUCUGUCGGUUCAUUAUGUUCUUUCGGACCGGUCUCGUGGCAUUGUGGCCAAGAAGGAGCUCGAGUGGAUGAAGAAGGAUGCUGUUUUGGUCAACACCUCGAGAGGUCCAUUGAUUGAUGAGACAGACUUGUUGGCUGUGCUGGAGAGAGGUGGGAUUAGAGGUGUAGGCUUGGAUGUCUUUGAAAUUGAGCCCUUGCCAUCAGAUGCUCCCUGGCGGAGAGAUGGCUAUUGGGGCGUGGAUGGGAGAUCUGCCGUCUUGGUCAGUCCUCACAAUGGUUAUGUCGAGGGCGAAACUAUGCAUUCUUGGUAUGAACAGCAGGCUCAGAGUCUCAAGCAAUGGCUAGAGGGAGGAGUGGAUGCUUUGGAGAAGAAAAUUGAAUAGGAGGGUCAAUACUUGAACAUGGGGA